AUGCCUAUGGUACUGCGAUCCAGGAAAUCCAUCCGCCCUAGUCAGGCGACCGAGGAAGAGUUACCAGACCCUACACCCGCAAAAUCGAGACGGUCGACCCGCCUGCACGGGAGAAUUACGUACGCGGAGUCAGAUGAGUCAGACUCUGAGUCUGUCCAAGGCCAAGUGAUGGAGAGAGACCGGAGUCCACCGGCUGAGCUGGAGGAGGAAGCUGCUGAGGAGGCAGAUCUAACGGAACUGAAGCAUUGUAGUGUUCUGCUGGACCGUCUGCAGGCUGACGACAAGGCUGCAAAAAAAGAGCUUGAGGAGAAAGAAGACAUGAACCGCAAAGAAAGCUGGAUAUGGAAGUGUGGAGUCGUCAAAGGCCAAACCACCCGAUGUCAGAGAAACAGCACUCCCCCUGCCAUCACUCCGAGCCCCCAAAUCAGCCUUGAAGCCACCUCUCCAUUCAGCAGCUCAGAACAAGCUGCUGCAAUGGCUUCUAGCUCCCUGAUUACAGCACCCAAGAGCUGGAGUUUGUCUGAAUCUGUGCAGCAUCUUAUGACUGCAAGCCCCCGACCUGCCCUAAGACCAGAACAAGGGUCAGAGCAACAUUUACCAGAGCAAGACAAGAGCAAAACCUCAGAAACAGAAGCAGAUACCAUACCAGAUGCCACUCUAAGUCCUUCCCAUGAGGGCUUCCUCAACCAAAAGCCACAGGAAGACACAGCAGAGAAGCAUGACAUUGAGGUUAAAGGCAGGAUUACCCUCACUGCCUCUGGAGACACUGAAAAGUCUGAGUCUCCAGAGAGUGAUCACACAGCUGAGGUCAGCCAAGGGGAUGCUACAAUCAUGGAUGAAGAACCACCAUGGGAAACAGAGCCAAUGAAUGUAUUUGAAUUAAAGGACAGUAGAUCAUCAUCAGAUGCUGAAUGUGAGGAGGCUGUGACAGGUGAAAAAUCCGAGCGCCACAGUUUAGGAGAGAUGAAGGAUCAUCGCGAACCACAUAUAAUCCAGUCAGAGUUUUCAAAACUUGCAGAGAAAAGAGCCGUGGAUGAAUCUGCAGCUCCUGUAGCAUCAGAGAAGCCUGCUAAAGUUAGAUCAACCCAGUCAACUAAGAGCUCAGGAUGCUUCAGUUUUACCCUCCUCUGCUUCCUUCCCACCGUCUUGCUGCUUCUCGGAGGGUUUGGUCAGCAUGUUUGGCACUACGGGCUUCCCAUGUCCGUGGCCCAGCUCACGGCUCAGCUGGAGCUGCACUGGCUCGAGGGCUUUGGCUUAGUACCAGAGCCCUGUAGCACUGACUGUCGAGUACAUCUGGUGGAGAGCAUCCCUGUAGGUCUCUACCAGUCCUCUCCCAUGUCCAGACAGAGCAUCGCAGACAGCUGGCUGCAUCUGCUGGACAAGGCCAACAGCUCAGUCCAUAUUGCUGCAUUCUACUUCACGCUACGAGGCGCCGAUUUGGAGUCCACUGACUCCUCUGACUCUCAGGGACAAAAGGUCUUUGAGCACCUGAAACGACUUGAAUCUAAAGGUGUGAAACUUCAGAUUGCAGUCAAUGCCCCACAGACCUCAACCAAAGACACAGCAGAGCUGGCUGCAACAGGUGCAGAAGUCAGAGAAGUUGACCUUAAAGCUGUAACUGGAGGUAUUGUCCACACCAAGCUGUGGGUGGUGGAUCAAAAGCACUUCUACCUGGGCAGUGCCAACAUGGACUGGCGCUCUCUGAGUCAGGUGAAGGAGGUGGGUCUGGCAGUGGAGGACUGCAGCUGCCUGGCUCAGGACGCCUUUCGGAUCUUUGGGGUGUACUGGAGCAUCGGUGGUGCAAACAAUGGCUCUCUGCCCCCGUACUGGCCUGCUCGCCUCUCUGCCCUGUCCAGCUCCCAGAAUCCCCUGCACCUGAAGUUCAAUGGAGUACCUGCUCAAGUCUACCUGUCUAGUGCCCCUCCACAAAUCUCAGCCCGUGGCCGCUCUGACGAUCUCGCCACCAUCUUGACUGUCAUCAGCGACGCCCAGAAAUUCAUUUACAUCUCCGUCAUGGACUACCUUCCUCUGUCUCAGUACACAGAGCCACUCAGGUUCUGGCCCGCCAUCGACUCGGCCCUGCGCACUGCAGCCUGCACCAGAGGGGUGCAGGUCCGACUGAUGGUCAGCUGCUGGGAGCACUCGCCUGCCGCCAUGUUCACCUUCCUGCAGUCCCUGCUGGUGCUCAACAGGCCUCCACUGAAAUGUGACAUUGACAUAAAAAUCUUUACAGUGCCUUCAACACCGGAGCAGAUGAAGAUCCUCUUUGCACGAGUUAAUCACGCCAAGUACAUGGUCACAGACAGGGUGGUCUAUAUAGGGACGUCCAACUGGUCAGAGAACUACUUCACUCAGACUGCUGGUGUGGGCCUGGUUGUGAACCAGACGGGCUCAGAGGUUGGGAAAGGUCAGCAGACCCUGCAGAGCCAGGCAGAGGAGCUCUUCCUCAGAGACUGGAGGUCUCAGUAUGCCAGCACUCUCCCUGCUGACGACGUGGAUAUCUGCCCUCAUGGUCAACACUGAGGGUUCGCUGCUCAAUAAAGCACAUUGCAUUGUAGAUUGUAGAGCAUCUUGCUUGCUCCUGCUACUUGACCUUUAUUUUACUGCAGAAAUCAGCUUGCUGCGCUGUGUGAAUGAACACAGUUGGUUUUAUUGCUGUCUCCUGACUUCCUGCCUUUUUUUGUAUAUAAUUGCAAUUUUAUAUUUAGUUUCAGAACCUGUUAUUUUUAUACUCUGUAAUGUUUUGACAAUUUUCUUAAAUGAGCUUAGGCGCAAGGGAACUGGCUUUGUACAAUUUAUUUUAUGCCUGGAGCAUUUUGUAUAUUUUCCUUUAAAAAUGCUGGUGCCAAGCUUUAACAAUCUGAUGCAGGAAAUGAUAUAUUUCCAAAGAUUGCAAACAUUGUUGCCAUGUUUACACUGCUGAAGCUAUCGGCUGUUAAUAUUCAUGUGUAGUGAAGCCAUUUGACAUUAUGUUAGUCCAUCAGGAGUCCUGUAAAUACUGGCAGUUUUCCAUCUGUAACCGAUGGCUGGCUCACAAAGAAAAUUCAACUUGAGUGUUUACCACUGCAGAUGGAAAACAACUCACUAAAAAGAGUGUGAGUGCUUCAUUAUUUGAUUGAGGUGUUUGUUCUCAAAGAACCAUUUUCCUUGUCUGGGAAUUACUGUGCUGUUUCUGUGAUCAGUUCAUUACCAGCGUUUUCUGUUGUAUGCGUGAGUUCUUGCUUCUCUCAUCAGCUGCAUUUCACACUGUUGGACUGUUAAACGAAGGGACCUCCCUGCUCUGGAUGGAACAGAAAACCGAGCAGUUACUGGAUGUUUCAGUAUAAAUAAAACCUGCUCCCUGCCUGGUCAUCUCCGAGGGCUUCUUGACUACUAUGAUAUGAUUGACACAUUGAUUUGCUGAUGAAAGAACCUAUGUGGUUUGAUUUUUAGAAAACAAAAAUCACAAUGUGGUACACAGAUCAUUGAAAACGUACAUUUUACUGUCUACAGCCAUGUUAGCAGCCCUAGGGUUGUACUCAGGCAAAAACAGCAUGCAGAUAUGCUCACAGUCACAAUGCUAGCAUGCUCAUGUUUAGCAGAUGUAAUGUUAGAAUCCUAGUUUAACCUGUUGGCAUGCAAAGUACAGCUGAGGUAGAUGGGAAUGUCAUUACUUUUUCAAGUAUUUGAUCACACACUAAAGUAUUCUCAUUUGAAUAAGUUUGUGUUUAAUCUGGUUUUUCCUCCAAAAAAGUUAAAUCACCUCAUUAAAACAUUUGUGUUUCAAACUGGA